AGUAAGUUCUCUCUCCUAUCUCAAAAUGGAGCUUUCCAUGACAAUAUUUCUUCUGUUUCUUUUCUGCAUUGUGUCUUACCUCCGUAAGAUAUUUCUUCAGAGAAGAGACCAAUCCUGUUACAUGUUGGCAUAUGAGUGUUACAAGCCUGGGGAGGACAGGAAGCUUGAUACUGACACCUGUGCCAAACUCAUUAUGAGGAACAGGAACCUGGGUCUUCCAGAGUACAGGUUUCUCUUAAGAACUAUGGCCAAUUCAGGAAUUGGUGAAGAAACUUAUGGCCCCAAAAAUGUUAUUGCUGGCAGAGAAGCAUCCCCCAACCUUGCAGAUGCACUUUCAGAGGUCGAUGACAUAAUGUUCGACACACUCGACAAGCUCUUUGCCAAAACAGGAGUUUCUCCAUCAGAAAUAGACAUGCUCAUUGUCAAUGUCUCCUUGUUCUCUCCAGCCUCCUCUUUAACAGCUCGAAUUAUAAACAAAUACAAGAUGAGGGACAAUAUCAAGGCUGUCAAUCUCGCUGGAGAGGGUUGCAGUGCAAGUAUGGUGGCCAUUGACUUGGUGCAUCAGAUGUUCAAGACCAACAACAAUGCAUAUGCUAUUGUUGUGAGCACAGAAUCAAUAGGUCCAAAUUGGUACAAUGGCAAAGAAAAAUCCAUGAUGCUAUCCAACUUGCUGUUUCGCUCAGGAGGAUGUUCCACUCUCUUGACAAAUAAACCAGCCCUGAAGGAUCAAGCCAUAAUGAAGCUGAAAUGUUCAGUAAGAACCCACAUAGGUUCUGAUGAUGAAGCAUAUGGAUGCUGCAUACAGGUUGAAGAUAAUAAAGGCUAUCCGGGUUUUCUCCUCACCAAAAAACUGCCAAAGUCUGGUGCUAAAGCUUUUAUCCUCAACCUCCAAGUUCUGCUACCCAAAGUGUUACCACUUAGAGAACUCAUCCCGAGUGUUGCAAAAGCGUAUCUUUCAAAAAACAAGACAAAAAACUCAACUCUUGAAGCAAUAGCUGCUGAUCUGAAUCUGAAGUCCGGUAUUGAGCACUUCUGUAUUCAUCCUGGUGGAAAGGCAGUCAUUGAUGAGCUUGGGAAGAGCUUAGGACUCAGUGAGUAUGACAUCGAGCCAUCUAAAAUGACACUUCACAGGUUUGGCAACACAUCCUCUGGCGGCCUAUGGUAUACUUUGGGUUACAUGGAGGCCAAGAAGAGGCUAAAGAAAGGGGACAGGAUAUUUAUGAUAAGCCUUGGGGCAGGUUUCAUGUGUAAUAACUGUGUGUGGGAGGUGACAAGAGAUUUGGACGACCCCAAUGUGUGGAAAGACUGCAUGGACAAAUACCCUGUAAAGUCAACUGUCAACCCUUUCAUGGAGAAGUAUGACUGGAUCAAUGAUGACAACAUUGAUCUAAACUCUAUUGAUAUGGUAUGGCUACAAAACAAGCUUGGAUUCCAGAUUGAUGAUCCGGAAGCCAUAGAGAGAAUAAGGAAUACUCCUUGAAAGAAGGAUAACAACCAUUAAACCGACUUCCCUGAUUUUCUACCUUUCCAUUAUAUGUUGUUUUCAUGAUUCAUAUGAUAUGCAAUUUCCUAAUUUUCCAUGAUUUGAGUAGAAGAUGUCGUUGUUUGGAUAUGAUUUGAGUAUCACUAGAGUGGUUGAUUUAGGUGAAUUACGGUAAUUAGUAAGAAAUAUGGUUAUGGAUGUGGUAAUUCUAAGUCUCCAAAAAGAAAACAGAAAAUUAGGC